AUGUCUCUCCGGCUAACUCAACUUGCCCAAAAGGCCUAUGAUCCUCCAUUUGGCGGGCUUGAGAGGGGACAGGAGUCAAACUCUUCGCUAGGGCAGUUAUGUCUUCUUGUUAUCCUGGCCGUGUCGGAGGUCAUCAUGAUAACCCUGGCGGGCUAUAUUCUCGCACGCCUUCGGCUCUUUGACGCGGAGAAACGAAAGUUUCUCUCCAAUUUGAAUAUCAUGCUGUUCACGCCAUGUCUGAUUUUCACGAUGCUCGCCUCACAGCUCAACACUGCCAACGUUCUUGAUCUUGCUAUUAUCCCCGUCAUAUUCAUCGUUCAGCUCCUGGUAUCGUUGCUUGCCGCUCGCGGUGUUUCCAAGGCCUUUCGUUUCGGCCAUCGAGCGUCCAAUUUCAUUACUGCCAUGAGCGUGUUCGCCAACUCCAAUUCGCUACCUCCACCACUAGUCCUGUCGCUAUCUCGGACACUCAAGGGCCUUCACUGGGAUCGGAUCCCAGGGGAUAACGAUGACGAGGUCGCUGCUCGGGGUAUCUUUUACAUUGUAAUCUUUCAGCAGCUCAGCAAUCUGCUUCGCUGGAGCUGGGGCUAUCACGUCUUACUGGCACCCAAGCACAAGUAUCCCGAGUACCAGGAACAGAAUGCGGAGGAAGGUCAAAACUAUCGAGACGAACCGGAAAACAACGAAUACGAGACGGGACCUCUCAUCGACGUCUACGGAAGCGAUAGCGGUACCGACGAGGGCCACAGUUCAUAUUCACAGGGCCAUGAGCCUGCGGGUAGUACGCCUGUUACUGGACAUUCCCAAUUGUCCAUUCCAGCUGGAGUGGAAGAGUUACCCAACAAGAAAUCCUUUAGUCAUCGACCUUUGAGCUAUUCAACGCUCAAUGGACACGAUGAUUCGCGAGGCUUGCUCGCUCGAACCAGCAGUGACGAUGGCCUAGCAGCAGCGUCACAGGAGGAGGUUAAAGGCUUGUUGGCUCGCGUCAAUUACAGUAUUAAGAGCAGACUGAAGGGUUCCAGAAUUUCUGUCGCCGGCGUAUUCGUCCGUCUCUACCAAAAAUUGCCUGGCCCCAUCCAGGCCACUGAGAGAUGGUCCAAACCCUUCUGGGACAAGACAAUAAACUUCCUCUUGGAGGUCAUGAAUCCUCCUCUGUGGGCCAUGUUAAUUGCUGUUCUCGUGUCUUCUUUCCCUGGCCUGCAAAGAGCGCUUUUCGAAGUAGAAUUCAUCAAGAACAGCGUUACCAGUGCCAUUCAAUCCAUUGGGAACGUGGCUGUCCCCCUGAUGCUCAUUGGCCUUGGUGCCAACUUGGGUCGUAACGCAACUCCUGAAGAGGAAGAAGAUUUCGACCCUGAAGAGGAUAAAAUAGGAACCAGAUUGCUCAUUGCUUCUCUGGUGAGCCGCAUGGUAAUCCCUACGGUGGUCCUGGCCCCCAUCAUGUUGAUGAUGGUUAAAUACCUCGAUUUUGUCAUCCUUGAAGACCCUAUCUUCGUCAUUAUAUGCUUUUUGCUCUCCGGAGCUCCGACCGCUCUCCAACUUGCUCAGAUCUGUCAGGUAAAUAACGCUUUCGAGAAAACUAUGGAUAGGAUUCUCUUCCAUAGCUACGCCAUUUGGUAA